GGGGCCUCGGACGCCGUUCACCUGGCUGGGCAGGUAAUGCCAAGGCGGGGUUCAGGGGGAGUCCGUUCCCGGGCGGAGCGGUGAAGGGGCCCCGUAAGGGCUGGUGAAAGAGGUUAUUGCCGCCAGCCCGGCGGUUCCCUCAUGGUGCUCGACUUUUUCGGCCUCCCCUUAAAAAGGAUUAGGCCCCGCCCAGCUUGGUGAACUCCCCCCCUCCUUUUUGUGCUUUCCCAUUGUUUGCAUGACUUCUUUUUUUUCACCGUUCUUUCCUGAACUCUUCCCCUCCUCAACUUUUGGGAGUGGGACGCUAAAAGCAACUGGCUCUGAAGCGGUGCCAUUUCUGUUCCAAGAGCCCCCUAAAGAAGAAUUGCAGGAUCUUCUGAAAUGGAUGUGGUGGAUCCUUAGAACCUAGGUUCAUCCCAGUGGAGGCAAGGCUAAAGGCGGUCUAAAGGGCAGCAAGUCAUGCUUGGCAGAAGAACCGGGUAUUCUCACAACCAAAGCUACAUCUACCAACCCCCUCAAGAUGUUGUGCCCCAGAGGAUCGAGACUCCUAAAGCUGGUGACAUCAGUCUCGAGGUGUUCAGUGGCUCCACGCCAGAGCUCAAGCAGAGUCGCAAGCCAACCCGGGAGAGGCGAGCUUGCAAGGCCGAUCCCAGAGACUCACAUGGAAGGGAAGGGGAAAACGCCAGCUUUAUCUCCAGCACUGCAGAGACUUCCCAGCCCCCUUGUUGCCCCACCCUGUCUCGGGCCUGGAGCACUUACAGAACCAUCUUCUGCUAUAUUGUGACUUGUGGGGGCUGCUUUAAGGACUGCCAGGCCAGCAUCCCAUACCCUUACAAUGAGACUUUGACAGAUGAUGGGAAGUCCCGGGAGUGCAAUGGGCGUUUGCCAAACAAUCCUGCCAGUAGCUCCCCUGCUGAAAAGAAUGGGAGCCAAACCAAAAAGAGCACCGUGGGGAGCAGCUUCAGCUACCCUGAUGUAAAACUGAAAGGGAUCCCGGUCUUCCCAAACCGGAACCCUGGUUCCCACACAGACUCAGAUUCGUGUUACAAGGAACCUCUGCCAGACAAGACCUCCCGUAACAGCAUAGAGAAGCAACCUCUGCCAAGCAGCCAUCGAAGCUCGGAGGAAUACUACUCAUUCCAUGAGUCGGAUUUUGAGUUCAGUGAGCUGAGCUCUAUGUCCAGCAGGGAGAUUGAUGUCCUAAUCUUCAGGAAACUGACGGAGCUGUUCAGUGUACAUCAGAUCGAUGAGCUAGCCAAAUGCACUUCGGACACAAUCUUCCUGGAGAAAACCAACAAGAUCUCAGACCUCAUCAGCAGCAUCACUCAGGACUACAACCUGGAUGAACAUGAUGCUGAAUGCAGACUGGUCCGGGGGAUUAUACGCAUCAGCACGCGCAAGAGCAGGGUCCGGCCCCGCAUUUCAGUCCCUACCCUCCCAAGCCCAGAGGAGAACACAAUGCGCUGCAAUCUACCCGAUAGUGGCAACGAGACGAUGGUGGCAUCAGUGCUCACAAGUGAAGAAGAUUUGUCUGUUCAGAUUUCUCAAGAAACCACGGCAGAUAUGAAAGCCAGGGUCAUGAGACACGAGGUGUACAACACAACAGGGUCUCCACUGAGCAGAGGGUCCUCUUUCCAGGACACAGAGACUGAAUCUUCGGGGGCUCCGCUACUUAAAUAUAUUACUGGGAGGAUGGACCUUGGGAGCGUGCACACAGCAAGGCCCAGCCCCUUGCCUGCCGCAGGCUCUCCGUUUUGUAAAUGAUGCAUAUGCU